GCCGCCUGUGUCAUCCGCCAUCUUGUGCGAAGCAAGGUGGCCUCCACGUUCCCUGAACGUCUUCUUCGCUUCUGCCUCGACCGCCCCUUGAUCACAGACAUGUCUCGGGACCGGUUCCGAAGUCGGGGCGGUGGCGGUGGCGGUUUCCACCGACGCGGAGGGGGAGGCGGCCGCGGCGGCCUCCACGAUUUCCGCUCCCCGCCACCCGGCAUGGGCCUCAAUCAGAACCGCGGACCUUUGGGGCCCGGCCCGGGCCAGGGUGGCCCCAAGCCUCCGAUCCCGCCACCGCCUCCACACCAGCAACAGCAGCAACCACCGCCGCAGCAGCCGCCACCACAGCAGCCGCCGCCGCUUCAGCCGCCGCCGCACCAGCCGCCGCACCCGCAGCCGCCGCAUCAGCCGCCGCCGCCGCCACAGGACUCAUCUAAGCCUGCCGUCCCUCAGGGACCCGGCCCGGCUCCCGGAGUAGGCAGCGCUCCCCCGGCCUCCGGCUCGGCGCCGCCCGCCACACCCCCGACUUCGGGGGCCCCCACGGGGCCAGGCCCCACCCCGACCCCACCGCCCGCUGUCACCUCGGCGCCCCCCGGGGCGCCCCCGCCCGCGCCGCCGAGCAGCGGGGUCCCCACCACCCCCCCUCAGGCUGGCGGCCCGCCGCCUCCACCCGCGGGGGGCCCGGGCCCCGGGCCUAAGCAGGGCCCAGGAGCCGGCGGCCCCAAAGGCGGCAAAAUGCCAGGCGGGCCGAAGCCCGGCGGCGGCCCGGGCCUAAGCACUCCUGGCGGCCACCCCAAGCCGCCGCACCGAGGCGGCGGGGAGCCCCGCGGGGGCCGGCAACACCACCCGCCCUACCACCAGCAGCACCACCAAGGGCUGCCGCCCGGCGGGCCCGGGGGCCGCAGCGAGGAGAAGAUCUCUGACUCCGAGGGGUUUAAAGCCAACUUGUCUCUCUUGAGGAGGCCUGGAGAAAAAACUUACACGCAGCGUUGUCGGUUGUUUGUUGGUAAUCUACCUGCUGAUAUCACGGAGGAUGAGUUCAAAAGAUUAUUUGCUAAAUAUGGAGAACCAGGAGAAGUUUUUAUCAACAAAGGCAAAGGAUUUGGAUUUAUUAAGCUUGAAUCUAGAGCAUUAGCUGAAAUUGCUAAAGCUGAACUUGAUGAUACACCCAUGAGAGGUAGACAGCUUCGGGUUCGAUUUGCCACACAUGCUGCUGCCCUUUCUGUUCGAAAUCUUUCACCUUAUGUUUCCAAUGAACUGUUGGAAGAAGCCUUUAGUCAGUUUGGUCCUAUUGAAAGGGCUGUUGUAAUUGUGGAUGAUCGUGGAAGAUCUACAGGGAAAGGCAUUGUUGAAUUUGCUUCUAAACCAGCAGCAAGAAAAGCAUUUGAAAGAUGCAGUGAAGGUGUUUUCUUACUAACAACAACUCCUCGUCCAGUCAUUGUGGAACCCCUUGAACAGUUAGAUGAUGAAGAUGGUCUUCCUGAAAAACUUGCACAGAAGAAUCCAAUGUAUCAAAAGGAGAGAGAAACCCCUCCUCGUUUUGCCCAGCAUGGCACAUUUGAGUAUGAGUAUUCUCAGAGGUGGAAGUCCCUGGAUGAAAUGGAAAAACAGCAGCGGGAACAAGUUGAAAAAAACAUGAAAGAUGCAAAGGACAAAUUGGAAAGUGAAAUGGAAGAUGCCUAUCAUGAGCAUCAGGCAAAUCUUUUGCGUCAAGAUCUGAUGAGACGCCAGGAAGAAUUAAGACGCAUGGAAGAACUUCACAAUCAAGAAAUGCAGAAACGUAAAGAGAUGCAAUUAAGGCAAGAGGAGGAACGACGUAGGAGGGAAGAAGAGAUGAUGAUUCGUCAACGUGAGAUGGAAGAACAAAUGAGACGCCAAAGAGAGGAAAGUUAUAGCCGGAUGGGCUACAUGGAUCCGAGAGAAAGAGACAUGAGAAUGGGUGGUGGAGGAGCAAUGAACAUGGGAGAUCCCUAUGGUUCAGGAGGCCAGAAAUUUCCACCUCUAGGUGGUGGUGGUGGCAUAGGUUAUGAAGCUAAUCCUGGAGUUCCACCGGCAACAAUGAGUGGUUCCAUGAUGGGAAGCGACAUGCGUACUGAGCGCUUUGGGCAGGGAGGUGCGGGACCUGUGGGUGGACAGGGUCCUAGAGGAAUGGGGCCUGGAACUCCGGCAGGGUAUGGUAGAGGGAGAGAAGAGUAUGAAGGCCCAAACAAAAAACCCCGAUUUUAGAUGUGAUAUCUAGGCUUUCAUUCCAGUUUGUUUUUGUCUUUUCUUGUUUAGAUAGCAAUCUUUUAAAUUCUUGCAUUUUAGUAAGAAAGCUACCUUUUUAUGGAUGUUAGCAGUUUAUUGACCUAAUAUUUGUAAAUGGUCUGUUUGGGCAGGUAAAAUUAUGUAAUGCAGUGUUUGAAACAGGGGAAUUUUUUUUUCCUUUUUUUCCUUUUUUUUUUUUUUUAACUGUAUAAUGUCCCUCAAUUUAUGGCAGUGUACCUUGUGCCACUGAUUUCCAAAGUGUACCAAUUUUUUUUUUUUACUGUGCUUCAAAUAAAUAGAAAAAAUAGUUAAGAUUUUGAUCUUCAACUUUGCCAUUCAUGCUUCUAUGCACAUUAGGCUAGGUGUUCCACUUGGAAAGCAUAAGAGUGUCUAGGCCUUUGAAUGGCAUAUGCCAUUUCUGGGAAAUGUAUUUGUAGGCUAAGUAUUGCUUUCUACAUUUAAGUACCCCCUUGUUUUAAAAAGAAGAAAUGCAUAUUGAAUAGUUUCAUGAUUUGAUUUGUUUGGCAUUAUAGGAAGCAAGCCGGUGCUAAGUAUUUUCAAAUGGCUAUGUAAGCAAAGCUGAACUGUAAAUCUUCAUUCAGGAAUGUGUAUUAAGAUUAUGGAAUGGGUGGAAGACUAUUGGUAGGGGGAGAAAGUGGGUAUGACUUAAAUGGAUCUUUUAUGGCCCUAUGAUCUAUCCUUUCCUUGAAAGUUUCUGAAGAACAAGUGGAAAGAUCAUUUUGUUGCAUUCCUCCAUUCUUGUUUUUUAAAGAACGAGUCCCAAGCCCUAUGAACGGCUUGUAUUGAACAUUCACAUAUGAAUUAAAGAUUGUUAAACAUGAAGUCUUUUCAUGUAUUACUUCAAGUGAUUUAUAAAGAUGGGGUUUAGUCUGAAUAAUUAAACUCGAAAGUAAGGUAUAGUCAUCAUAAAGUAGGUUUGGCUAUGUAUACAUUUGUACUCUAACUUUUACAUCUCCUUGUGGUACUUCUGUUGGGCAAAAAUCUGUAGGACUAUAAAAAAAACUCAUUUUCUUUUCUAAGAGCUGGUAGUGACUUAAUAACAAAUAGGGUUGCAGAGAACUGUACUUACUGUGAAAUAUUUUUAACCUGUUUUUCCAUAGUUUCCUUUUGAUGUAGCACUAAAUCUGGAGAGUUGCUUGUGCUACACAGUACAAAUAUCCCUUCCUCCCAUCAUAAAGCUUUGGAGCUUUUCGAUGGUGUUGUCAGUUUAUUGUCAACUUCAUUGAAUCUCCUUUCAUUAGAGACAUUUUGACUUAUUAAUAAAAUAGAUCGUUACUGUUGUCUGUUAGUACAAUGGGAACCUGCUUUCCCAUGUUUAUAUUGUUAGCAGAGGAAUAACUUCCUAAAAGUAGUAGGUAAGGUAACUGAAUGGUUUGGCUUUGUUCUUAGUUAUGUUUCCAUUCAAAUUUGUACAUUAUAGAACUCUUACUAUGGAAUGUGUCUUCCUCCUUUUCACCUCUGUUGGUGUUAAUUGGCAAAAGUAAAAUUCUAAACCAAAUCUUUGUUUAAAUACUGAAGGCUUAGUAUUGUGCCUGAGUACAAAGGGAAACCUGUUGUUGAAACAAUUGAGCACUCGUGCAUAGGGAACCUGUUAAUACUAAAAGUAAAACACUAGUGGAGUAUAAAGGCAUGCCACCGAAUUCUGGUUGUGUGACUGACAGGUACCUGGUGUGCUAAUUAAGGGAGAGAAUCUCAUUAGAAAAUGUUCAUUAUUUCUGUUCACCAAGACACUUGGAAAUGAGUAGUUCUACCAGAAUUAUAUCAAUGAGGAAGUUUUGUCCCAAGUCAAGUUAUUAAUUGGUGAUAAUGUAUGAGAUUUUCUGUACCGGAAACAAGGGUCUUGAUUUGAAAGGAGUCCAUUACAAUUUGAUUGAAUUGUAUGGUAGGGAGUCCACUAAUGAUAAGAAAAUAAGGGGUGUUCAUGGGACACCCACAGAGGGUGAACUUGAAUGUGUGGGCGGGGGCUGGUGGGGAAAUGGAAAAAUCUGCCUAUAAAAUUAAUGUUUCAGUUUAUUUUUCAGAUUACAUGCCUUUCUUUAUAAGGGAUGCUGGCACAGACCCCUAAAAUAAGCUUUUGGUAGUACUGUACCUUUGAAGAGUGGUGAAGGAUGCUAAUGGAUAAUCUCCUGAAAGUUGUGGUUUUGAUAGCCUUAUUGUGUAGAAUUGCUAAACGUUGUUUAGCAAGUAAUGUUGCUUAGUUUCAACUAAGUUUUGACUUUAAUCACUGAAACAGCAGCGUACCAAGGGUCGUAAGCUACUCAAAUAGACUUUCAACAAGUCUUGGAAUGUAUAUGAUAGUUUUUAGCCUAAUGGGAAUUUGAAUCAUCUUUAAAAGUAGAUUCCUAAAAGCUGAUUUAUGAAACUUGGGGUGGGAAAGGGAAAGUAGUACUUUAGAAGUAUUUUAGCCAUUUUUCUCAUUUAAAGAAGCCACCUGCCCCCGUUUCCUCUUCUCCACUUUCUCUCAUAAUUUUGUUUUAAGAGGAACACUGAUUGUUUUUAAACUUAUUACUCUUCUUAUAAUUCCUAAUCUUUAAAAACUGCAUUCUCUGAGAGAUCCCAGUGUAUUUAAUAGGUGUUUUAGAAACUUAACCCAUUGGCUCAACGUUUAGUGAAACCAUAAUCCUCUUUGCUUAGAUAAACUUCUAAGAAAUACUAUAAGCCCCACCACUCUUUAUUAGAUGUAUUAUACCACUAAUAUAAACAUAAUAAUUUGGGAAAUUGUAAUGUUACGCCUGUGCAAUUUUUAUAAGUGGCAUAUUAUGGCAGAUAAAAAUUUAGAUACUUGGCUUUUCUUGGGCAAGCCACUAAGUUGUGGCGGAAUAUUUUCUGGUGUUCUUGGACUGCAAUUAUGCACUAUUAAAGUAGUCGCCUGCUACAUAACUGCAUUUAGCCAGCAUUUCUGCAGUGCGUAACUGUGAGGAACGUAGUACCGCAAAUGGCAAUGGACAUUAGGACCCGGAUGUAGUAUUCCUGCUUGCUCCGAGAUUCUCAUUGCCGACUGCAUACAGGUAAGAAUGAUUGAUGUUGGCUGAUACUGGAGUGUUCAUUCCGUUGAAGUGGAUAAGAUAUUUGUUCUCAAGACAUCACACAGCAUGAGCUGAUCAAGAAGGAAAGCUACAACUUGUUAGACUGAUGAAAUAUCUAGGAUCAGGUGAACUAUGUCCCGAAAACCAGUGAGGAAGAGAGCAAAGAGGAAUAAACAACCUGUUGUUUAAUAAAGACAUUUUAAAAUCA